ACUCACCAGGAAAUCGUGAAUCGAGAUACACACAUUGUAAUUCGUCAUUGCAUUUAGUACAAUUAAUUAGUAGCCCGUAGCUGGAAUUGGUGAAAGUUUUUUGCUUGCAUUUUAACUUUAUUUUUGUUAAUUUUCCAUGCGUUGUUGACAAAAUAUAUAGGAAUAUUGGAGACAUUACAAUGAUAAAUUCACAGUAGCGGAACUAACGACUCUUGCUGCUUCCUGGACCGUGACAUACAAUAUUUUCUGCAAAAUCCUACCAAUUUCAGCUUCAGUCAAUUGUUUUCAUGAUUCGGGCUAAAUAAUUUUUGUUUGCUGCAAAUUACGCCUUCGACUAUCACAACAUGACGUGCAAAAUUGAUUUCAGUGAGUGUCUGAAGGAUUCGCCCAAGUUCAGACUACGUCUGGAGCAGGAGGAAGCCGACAUCGAUCACUUAGAGCAAAAACUGGAAAAGAUCAUAAAAAUGUGCAGUCUCGCAGUGGACAGCGGGAAAGAGUACAUCCGUAAUCAGAGUGCUUUCGCCACUUCGCUUUGGGAUUUACAGAAACACUUUCAGGACGAUAAAUCAUCUACCAACGCGUUAGCGAAGCUUAUUCAUUGUCUGCAAGAAAUGAACAAAUUUCACACGACCUUGCUGGAUCAGGCAAACCGAACCGUGCUGAAGAAUUUGACUAGUUUCCUGAAGAAAGACGUUAAGGAAGUUAAGGACUACAAGCAGAUAUUUACCAAAGUUUCGGAAAAUCUCGAUGUUGCUGUCUACAAGAACUCACAGGUGAAUAAGAAUCGCACGGUCGACAUUGUCGAAGCGGAAAACCUGCUCUCUGCGACUAAAUCUUGCUUCAAUCAUGCCUCUCUCGACUACGUUAAUUAUAUUACGAUGCUGCAGAAUCGAAAGCGACACGAGAUUUUAUCAACUCUGUUGAGUUACAUUCAAGCGUGCAGCACGUAUUUCCACCAGGGAUCGGAUCUGUGUGAAGAUUUUGGUAGUUUUUUCAAAACUCUCGAUGAGGAGAUCAGUACAAUGCGCGGGGAGUACAAUCUGCUCGAUAAGCAAAUGCAAAAUCGACACACAUGCGUUAGUGAACUACUGGAGGAUAAGGAGAAAAAUUCGUCAGGUAUGGUUUCGGUGCCUCUUAGUGCUUCUUCAGCCAGUGAAUUAUCCGAUCAACGGAUCUCGCAGCCUUUCACCAGUCGACCUUUGAAUCACAUGGAAGGGUAUUUGUUCAAGCGAACUUCGAAUGCAUUUAAAACGUGGAAUCGCCGGUGGUUCUGCAUGAGAGACAAUCAGCUGUUCUAUCGAAAACGCACCGGCGAAGAAUUGCCAACAGUCAUGGAGGAGGAUUUGCGGUUGUGUACUGUCAGACUAUUAUCGGAUUCGGAUCGACGGUUUUGCUUCGAAGUGAUAUCUCCGACUAAAUCGCAUAUUCUGCAGGCAGAUUCUGAGGCGAUGUUACAAGCUUGGUUCAAAGCACUGCAGAAAGGAAUCGAUUCGGCUAUUCAGUACCACAGCCCGUACAGUAGCGAUAUGCGAGGAAUCCAAAGUCAAUCUCCCACGAACGAAACGUGUCCCGGCAGUCCAGGCGGAGACGGAUUUUCCGGAGGAAAAAGCGACCAAAAGAAAGGUGCCAAACGAAUCAAUUGGACUCAGAUUCUUCGGAUCCCGGGCAACUCUAGGUGUUGUGACUGUGGCAAUGCGGAUCCAAAGUGGGCAUCCAUAAAUCUAGGCAUCACACUGUGCAUCGCGUGCUCCGGAGUGCACCGUAGUCUAGGAGUGCACUACAGCAAGGUGCGUUCGCUAACGUUGGACAUGUGGGAACCGGAGAUACUUCGAGUUAUGAUUGAACUUGGGAACGAUGUUAUCAACCGGGUUUACGAAGCAAAUACCGCCAAAGUUAACCGUUUUGACCGUGCCACCGAUAACUGUGAGAUAUCGGUCCGCGAGGCUUGGAUCAAGGCCAAAUAUAUCGAUCGAACGUUUGUCCUUCCGCUGGACAGUAGUGGUGGCUUGGGUUUGGAUCCCACACCGACCAGUACCUCCUCAUCGACGCUAUCGUUCAAAAGUUUGGACAAUGACAAUUCAAGAUAUCCGGAAAAGUGGAGCAUCAAAAAGUUGAGACGAAGAAGCUACCGCAAAUUGCUACGAACGAAGAAGGAAGAUGUGGACGGUGAAGCUUCCUUCAACAGUGCACUGACGGACACAGAUCCUGAUGCGGAUGAGAAGGAUGUAAAUCUUAACAUUCCAAAGAAGUUUUCCGAUAUUUUGCUGAUUGGUGAAAGCAUUAUCGAAAAUAAUCACAACUUGACGGACGAAAAUCUGCUAUUGCUUAACUCAGACCAAGAAUCAACCAGUGGCGAAGAGGAUAAUGCCAUCAUGGAAUGUGAAGAAUUUGAAAAACUGAAUCCAAAUUUUCUUCUGUUCAAAGCCGCCUGCGGCCAUAACUUACCAGUGAUGUGUCAAGCAUUGGCUUUGGGUGCGGAUAAAAAUUGGUGUAAUCCAGAUGAGUUGGAUAGAACUGCUUUGCAUGCUGCAAUUCUCUCUGGUUCCGUGAUGUCUUGUGAAUUUCUACUCCUCAAUGGUUGCAAUAUUAAUGCAACCGACCGCAACGGAUACACUGCUCUACACUUAGCUACGGAACACAGCUCCACAGCCCAAGCAUAUCUGCUACUGAAGCAUAAGGCAAAGUAUGAUAUUAAGAGCGUCGAUGGUAAACUACCGAUUGACAUAGCAGUGGAGAAAACGGAUGCUGACAUCGUAACACUACUAAGGUUAGCACAGUUGAACGACGAGAUCGGUCCCGGUGAAGACGGGGACAACUAUUCCGGUGGAGACUCAACCUAUGCGGCUGUGAUGAAUGAUUUCUCGCACUUGACUAGUAUUCAACCGCAACGGUUGCAACGAAAUCGGCCAAACGCUACACCCGGAGGGACACCCGCCGAUGCAAGUAUCAGCUCGAUCGCUUCAUCAUCGACUAGCAGUACCGUCACGGUCAUUCCAGCCAAGUCUACUGCUGUCACCGAUCUGGAUGCCGAUGACGAAGGGAAAUAGGUUGUGUAUAAGCGAGGAUCUUCUUUAAAUGUGUAUAUGAGCUUCCGAAAUAGCGCGUAGGACUGAAACGUAGGGCCUAAAAAAUUUACAAAAAAUCUGUACUUAUAGCUUUUAUUUAUAUCGAUCAAGUGAUAUCUAAUGAGAAGUACUAUGAAUUUAAUUUUAACAGAAACGUUUGCCACUUCCUCAACUUUUAGCAGUAUUCGCAGUCUCCAAGAGAUAUCCGUAGUUUUGCGUUUAAUCUACCAUAGCAUGUUUCGUUUUUUUUUACCAACAAUUCCUCACCCCAUCAUUCCACUAUAUUGCCGAAUAAUGAGCAAACCCAAUUUUUUAGUAUUCGAGAACCACCUUUGAACUUUGUGAGCCUUAAGCCAAACUUGCGCGAUGUAAUGUCGAUAGUUUAAUGGUUGAUGUUAGCAUAUCUAUUAAUAUAUGAAACAAAAGAAAACUAAAGUGUAUUGAUAGCGUAUAUUGAAUCGUUGAACAUGGUUCUGUUAAGUUUCACAUCCUGUUGAGCAACCCAUUUCUAUACGAAAAUAAAAAAAAAAUGCGAAUCUCUUUUUAAAUAAUGAUCGAAAUAUUAAACAUUUUAAUGAACUGUAUUUGUUCGUAUUUAUGCUUAUGUCGUAGUUGAACUAGUUUUAAUAAAAGCAGUGAUGUAGGGUGCCUAAUACUAUUGAAAAUCAAAGAAGACAAUGAAGCGGUAUUCUGUGUGUAUAACCAAAUUUCAGAAAUGCUAUCCAUAUCUGGAACUACCGCUCAGUAAACUUCAUCACUGACUCGGAUACAAACGUUACAAUACACUGAUUAUACUAUACAUACAACUGUUUACAAAAUUAUCUUAUUUAACACUAAAAAUAUAGUUACUAUAUA